AUGGAAAUUGUGUUUCUGACUGAAGGAAACAAAGAGAGGGAGCACCUUAAGACAACUGAGAAGAAUUCAAUCAAGGCUUUCCAUACAGGACAAAGAGACAAUGAGACCAAGAAUUUGGAGGAUGAAAUUGAUGAAAUUCAGCCUCUCCGAGACCAGAAUCAGAGCAUGGAGAACGAGCUGCAGACCUUGAAGAGAGAGCUGGAGACCAACAAAAAACAGUUGGAGGAUAAAAUAGAUGAAAUGCAGCAUCUCCGAGACCAGAAUCAGAGCAUGGAGAAUGAGCUGCAGACCUUGACGAGAGAGCUGGAGACCAACAAAAAACAGUUGGAAGAUGAAAAAGAUGAAAUGCAUCUCCGAAACAAGAAUCAGAGCAUGCAGAAAGAGCUGCAGACACUGAGGACAGAGCUGGAGACCAACAAAAAACAGCUGGAGAGUAUAAGAGACACCAUUGAAGGAUUUCGGGACUCUUUUCCACAACUGAAGUUCACCCUUGCCAAUCUCAGGAUGCGGAAAUUGGAGGAUGAAGUAGAUGAAAUUCAACAUCUCCGAGACCAGAAUCAGGGCAUGGAGAACAAGCUGCAGACCCCGAGGAGAGAGCUGGUGCAUGACAAAAAACAGUUGGAGGAUGAAAUCGAUGAAAUUCAGCAUCUCCGAGACCAGAAUCAGAGCAUGGGGAACGAGCUGCAGACCUUGAAGAGAGAGCUGGAGACCAACAAAAAACAGUUGGAGGAUAAAAUAGAUGAAAUGCAGCAUCUCCGAGACCAGAAUCAGAGCAUGGAGAAUGAGCUGCAGACCUUGACGAGAGAGCUGGAGAGCAACAAAAAACAGUCAGCUGACAAGGCCAGGGGGCAGACCUUUGAGGAGCUUAAGAACACCCAGUUUGAACUGGAGAAAAAGACUGCGGAGAUCAGGAACCUGCGGAGAGAGUUUGAUGACAGACUCAGGGAAGAGAAUCAGAGUAAAGAGAAAUGCCUGCAGACCCUGAAGGAGGAGCUGGAGAGCAAGAACAAGGAGCUUUGUGAGUCCAAGCUUCAGUUCGAAUCUCUCAUGAAGAAGAAUCAGGAGUUUGAGAGAAAGCUGACUGAACUUAGAGAGCUGCACAAGCAGGUGUUAAAGAAGAUGGUCGAGGAUGAGCAGCAGAGGACGGAGGAAGUACAAAAGGAAGUGGAGACCCUGAAGAUGGAGCUGGAGAAGAAGAAGGACGAGCAGAAAAGCCAAGCAGGGGAGUCAGAUGUUCAGAAAUCUCUGAUAGUAUGUGACAGCUCUGGAGAAGAACAUUUAGUGUCAGAGGAACAGAGUAAAGCAGCGGAGAUGGCUGAAGAAUUACCAAAUGUUGCAAAAGAAGUUGUUCCAGAGCUCCAGGAUGCUUCCUGUGAGGGUCAGUCAUCUGUGGUGGUUAAUAUAUCUCAGCCAAUAGUGGCAAUAGUAGGUGAAGACACCAUCCUUCCCUGCCACCUGGAUCCUGCCGUAGAUCCUGCCUCCACGACUCUAGAGUGGUCCAGACCUGACCAGGGACACAGAUUUGUCCAUGUGAGGCAUGAAGGCGAGGACGCACUGACUGAUCAAAACCCGUCUUACAAAGGAAGAACGUCAGUGUCCAACAACACACUGAAGCAGGGAGACGUCUCACUGAAACUCUUCAGAGUGGAACUCUCUGAUAACGGGACAUACAGACGCUAUAUUCCAAAACUGAACAAAGAGUCUUUCAUCAGUCUUGCUGUUGGUGACAUGUCGCUUCCACCUCAUAAGAUUGUUCUGGUGGUGGCAAUACCCAUCAUGAUCCUUUGUUUGAUAGUUUUCUGUCUGGCCUGUGACAAAAGAGCAGAUGAUGCUGAAGGUUCUGGUUCUAGUGGAAGUGACGAGAGUUUUGCUGAGAUUUGUUAUAGUGUACAUUGGUUUCCUGAUCUUUAUUGUGCUGUGUAAUCGCCUGAAUGUAGGAAUCUUUGUGUUUUUGUUGGCUUAGAAUGAGCUGUUUUUAUCAACAGAGGGAGCGGGUUCUCUUCUACUGAAAUCAUUUUGUUGUUGAAUAAAUACAGAAAAAAGUACAACAUGCCAUAAUGAAGCACUGUACCCACCCUCACAUUGUGCCUCAGUUACUUUCUCUUCCUGUCAGUGGUUUCUUUGUUUCUGCUCUGAAUGUCUCACACUGUGUUCAGAUUACAAACUUUCAGUCGUGCUGACAAGCUCAACAGGAAGUGCAUAAAGAACGCCAGCUCGUAAUGGUCUGAACACACAAAACAAGUCAUGGUAAAUUUUUUGUAGCUUUAAUUUUAUGCUCCAGUCAGAAGUCGGAAUUUAAUUUUGGCCAGACUUGAUUUUGAUAUUUAAUGUGUCCAAUUUGUGUGACCAGGAACUUUCUGACUUCUUCAUGUCUUACACUUAAUAAACUUGCAUGCAGUAAAUACA